CAUUUCCGUUUCCAUUCCACCCACGCAGCAGCACCCGCCCCCCCUCGCAAUCCCUCGUCGUCCUCCGCCUCACGCCGCCCGCCGUUCGCCGCCGCCGCCGCCGGCUCGCGCGCGGCAGCCACCUGCUCCCGGGCCGCCACCUCACCCGCGGCCACCGCCGCCCAAGCGACGACGGCUCCAUGACUAUGAUGACCCCUCCCCCUCUCGAGCAGCAGCAGGAAGACGAAGAGAUGCUCGUGCCGCACCAGGAGCUCCCCGCCGCCGACGCCGCGCAGCCAAUGGAAGUGGUGGCGCAGACCGAACCUGUGUCUAUGGCGGAGAACCAGCCACCGGAGGACCCACAGACGUCCCGGUUCACCUGGACGAUCGACAACUUCACCAGACUCAGCGGAAAGAAGCACUACUCGGAUGUGUUUGUCGUUGGUGGAUUUAAAUGGCGUGUGCUGAUCUUCCCCAAGGGAAAUAAUGUGGAGCAUCUCUCGAUGUACUUGGAUGUUGCGGACUCGGGGAACCUCCCGUAUGGUUGGAGCCGGUAUGCUCAGUUCAGCUUGGCCAUUGUAAACCAGGUCCACCAGAAGUAUACGACACGUAAAGAUACUCAACAUCAAUUUAAUGCACGCGAGAGUGAUUGGGGUUUCACAUCUUUUAUGCCUUUGAGUGAGCUUUAUGACCCAAGUAGGGGCUAUCUUCUGAAUGACACCGUUGUUAUCGAAGCUGAGGUUGCCGUUCGCAAAAUGGUUGACUAUUGGACUUAUGACUCAAAAAAGGAGACAGGUUAUGUUGGUCUCAAGAAUCAGGGAGCUACCUGUUAUAUGAAUUCUCUUCUGCAGACAUUGUACCAUAUACCAUACUUCAGGAAGGCGGUAUAUCACAUGCCAACUACUGAGAAUGACAUGCCAUCUGGAAGCAUUCCUUUAGCUCUGCAGAGCCUUUUUUACAAGCUCCAGUAUAGUGACAACAGUGUAGCUACCAAAGAGUUGACCAAAUCUUUUGGAUGGGACACUUAUGAUUCUUUCAUGCAGCAUGAUGUGCAAGAGCUCAAUAGAGUUCUUUGCGAAAAACUUGAAGACAAGAUGAAGGGGACUGUUGUGGAAGGAACCAUUGAACAACUAUUUGAGGGUCACCACAUUAAUUACAUUGAGUGCAUUAAUGUUGACUAUAAAUCUAACAGAAAAGAGUCCUUUUACGAUUUACAACUUGAUGUCAAAGGCUGUCGUGAUGUUUAUGCAUCAUUUGAUAAAUAUGUUGAGGUGGAGAGUCUAGAUGGUGAUAACAAAUAUCAGGCGGAGCAACAUGGCUUACAGGAUGCAAAAAAGGGUGUUCUCUUCCUUGAUUUUCCUCCUGUCUUGCAACUUCAACUGAAGCGUUUUGAAUAUGAUUAUAUGCGAGAUACAAUGGUUAAGAUUAAUGACCGUUAUGAGUUCCCGCUACAACUUGACCUUGAUAGGGAUGAUGGGAAGUAUCUUACUCCAGAUGCAGAUAGAAGUAUUAGAAACCUUUACACUCUGCACAGUGUUCUUGUUCAUAGUGGAGGAGUACAUGGUGGUCACUACUAUGCUUUCAUACGACCAACACUCUCGGAUCAGUGGUAUAAAUUUGAUGAUGAGAGAGUAACGAAAGAAGACACUAAAAAAGCGCUUGAAGAGCAGUACGGCGGCGAGGAAGAGUUGCCUCAAGUAAACCCUGGUUUCAAUAACACCCCAUUUAAGUUCACUAAGUAUUCAAAUGCCUACAUGCUUGUAUAUAUUCGUGAGAGCGACAAGGAGAAAAUAAUGUGUAACGUUGAUGAGAAGGACAUUGCUGAGCAUUUGAGGAUAAGGUUGAAGAAAGAACAAGAAGAGAAAGAACAUAAGAAGAAGGAAAAAGCUGAAGCUCACCUCUACACUAUCAUAAAGGUUGCUCGAGAUGAAGAUUUGAAGGAGCAAAUUGGGAAAAAUAUAUAUUUUGAUCUGGUGGACCAUGAAAAAGUCCGUAGCUUCCGUAUACAGAAACAAUUGCCAUUCACUUCAUUCAAGGAGGAAGUUGCAAAGGAAUAUGGAAUUCCUGUACAGUCUCAACGCUUCUGGUUGUGGGCAAAGAGGCAAAACCAUACAUACCGGCCCAAUCGUCCGCUGGCACCUCAUGAAGAAACACAAUCAGUGGGGCAACUUAGGGAGGUCUCAAACAAGGCACACAACGCUGAGUUGAAGCUAUUUCUAGAAGUAGAGCUAGGGCUGGAUUUGCGUCCAAUUCGUCCUCCCGAGAAGAGCAAGGAAGAUAUUCUACUUUUCUUCAAGCUUUACAACCCUGAAAAGGAAGAGCUUCGUUUUGUUGGUAGGCUUUUUGUGAAGGCAUUAGGAAAGCCAUCUGAUAUCCUGACAAAAUUAAAUGAAAUGGCUGGAUUUUCCCCAAACGAAGAAAUUGAGCUAUAUGAGGAAAUUAAGUUUGAGCCACAUGUGAUGUGUGAACAUAUUGACAAGAAACUUACUUUCCGUUCUAGUCAGCUUGAAGAUGGGGACAUAAUAUGUUUCCAAAAGCCAUCUGUACCAGAUGCUGAUACUCAAUUGCGAUAUGCAGAAGUUCCUUCUUUCCUGGAGUAUGUUCAUAAUAGGCAGGUUGUGCACUUUCGGUGUCUGGAGAAGCCGAAGGAAGAUGAUUUUUGUUUAGAAUUGUCAAAGCUUCAUACUUAUGAUGAUGUUGUUGAGAGAGUUGCAAGUCAACUCAGCUUGGAUGAUCCAUCGAAAAUUCGGCUUACAUCUCACAAUUGCUAUUCUCAGCAACCUAAACCGCAACCCAUCAGAUAUCGUGGAGUAGAGCAUCUAUUGGAUAUGCUUGUCCAUUAUAAUCAGACUUCUGACAUAUUGUAUUAUGAGGUUCUGGACAUUCCACUGCCAGAAUUGCAGUGUUUGAAAACACUUAAAGUUGCAUUUCACCAUGCAACGAAAGAAGAGGUUGUAAUUCAUAGCAUAAGGCUUCCAAAAAACAGCACCAUCAGCGAUGUGAUAACUGACUUGAAAACAAAGGUUGAACUAUCGAAUACUGAUGCUGAGCUCCGAUUGCUUGAAGUUUUCUACCACAAGAUUUAUAAGAUAUUUCCACUUCAGGAGAAGAUAGAGAACAUAAAUGAUCAGUAUUGGACACUACGUGCUGAGGAGAUUCCUGAGGAGGAGAAGAAUCUCGCUCCACAUGAUCGGUUAAUUCAUGUCUAUCAUUUCAUGAAAGAUCCUAAUCAGAACCAGCAGAUUCAGAAUUUCGGAGAUCCCUUUUUACUGGUUAUUCGUGAAGGCGAGACUGCAUCAGAGGUAAUGGAGCGUGUGCGAAGAAAACUCCGAGUUCUGGAUGAGGAAUUCUCAAAGUGGAAGCUUGCGUUCAUAUCCAUGAAUCGUCCGGAAUACAUCCAGGAUACUGAUGUUGUAUCUGCACGGUUUCAGAGGAGAGAUGUUUACGGAGCUUGGGAACAAUACCUUGGCUUGGAGCACACUGAUACAACACCAAAAAGGUCUUACACAGCCAAUCAGAACCGACACACAUACGAGAAGCCUGUGAAGAUUUAUAAUUGAGAAACCUUCCACCUGGGGUGCAAGCCCUUGACAAAGACCUCAUCGGAGAUAGCAUCUCAAAGAGGUUCUCAAAGUGACCUCCUGGAAGAAAAUUGGCGGUUGGAAAAUAUGGCCAUUUAUGUGCUGUGGCUAAUAUUACUUGCUCCUGGUUAACGCCGUCGCUGUGAUUGACAGCAGGAUAAUUUUCAAGGCUUUCCCUCUUGCUUGCUCCCACGCAAAGAAGCAAGCGUAAUGAUUAAUUAGUUGUGCCGAGUGUGAUGGCCCCCGCUAGGAUAGAUGUUGCUUUAUUUGUGUAGAGUAAAGCUGGUACAUAAAAAGAAGAUUUUGGUAGGGGCAUGUAUACAUGGUUAUAGCCAAGACUGGUUGCUUUAUGUGCCACUGACGUUUAUCGUGGCAUCGGAAGAAUGGGGUAGAUUGUACAACAGGUUUGGUGCUGGUUUCAGUUUUUGGUCUCUGUUGAGAAAUAUUAGAUAAUAACUGCCGCAGAUAGUACAGCUUCAUCAGUUCCAGCACAGCCUAUGUUGUUGGCAUCAUUUUGAUUCAACUUAGCAGCUUCUGAUGCUGCUGCUACAUUCUAUUUUUCUCUCCCCUUGUAGAAUGGAAAAGAAGUCUUCUGAUCCAAUAACUGUACUCAACUAAUGAGCAAGUUGCUUAGUUGCGACUUAAAAUAUAACCGCUCAUCAUAAGGCCAUACUAAUAAAGCUACAUGUACUCCGUAUGUUUUUUUU